AUGAAAACCUCGCUGCUGCUAGCGUUGGCAUAUGCGGCCACCACGUCGGCUCUUGCAUUCCCUCAACCUGAUCACCAAGACAAAAGAGAAUCAUGCCCUUUCAGAUCGGUAUCAAAUUGGCGCAAUGGCCCCCUCGCAGAAAUUGUUCGCCUCGUUGAAACAUGCUCUGAAGGAAAAUCUUUCUGUCGCGAACUCAUUGAUGAGACCUGCGAGGUUGUCACCGAAACCAAGACAGUCACUCCUAAGCCGAAUACUGUCACAGUCACACAUACCAUCACGGAUCAUCCCCAAAAAGUGACUAAAACGACGGAAAAGCACCUCACGUCGACAAUUGUGAAGCCACAAACUAGCACCACCACCUUCUACGCAACUAAGACAUUGACUGAUACUGUUCCUUUGACCAUUACACAUGACUCUACUCUGACCACCACUGAUGUUUCUACCGUCUUUUUGACGGAGUCGGAUUAUGAAACCGUCACAGCACUAGUGACGAGCACUAUCACUAAUACAGUCACGGAAGAUGUUACCGAUUAUGCUGCUGCCACAAUCACCGAGUCUUUCACAGACACUACCACCGAAACCUUUUUUAACACCAUCACUGACUGGUCAACGGUUUAUGCGACGGCAUUCAUCACCGCUCCUGCAACUGCCUAUAUCACCCAGCUUCAUACGGAAAUUGGAAUCGCCUCCACCACCAAUUAUCAUACCGAGACUGUGACUCUUUCCUUUACCGAGACCGCCUCUGCGACGGCAACUGAGACCAUAUCCUCCACUACCACAUAUGAGGUGGAUGUAACCUCGACCAAUACACAGACUGAGACCGAUGUUCAGACCGACUUUGAAACCUCCACCAGUACCAUCCCUGCUACUGUGACUGAUUACGCAACUACAACAUUCACUACGGUCCAGACGGAUGGCGUAACGCAAACUACCAGCACUGUGGUGACUGUCGCCGCUGCUGCCAAGCGAGAUGUGAUCUUAGUAACUCCUUCUGCGCUAAGGGGAGUUCAUUCAAGCCGACUGUCUUCAGCUUGCUCCAUCUUGAUCUACGAAGAAUGGAUCUCCACAGACUACAUUACCAAGACAAUUACCACACCUACAGUCACUAAAACUCUGACCACUCAUACUGUGGCACCUGUGCAAACUGUCUAUGUCACAAGGUUUAUCACCGAAUUCGUGACCAAAAUUGUACCCGUCGUGACUACUACGGUCAAAACGAACACUGUCACAACUGCUGUCAUACCAACAGUCACCAUUAGAGCUACUUCAACCAUCACCGCUUCUUCGGCCACUACGACAACCGAUAUUUCCACAGUGACGGUGACAGUAGAAAGCUCUACCGUGGAAACGUAUAUCGUCACCGCCACAGUGAUUGACGAUGUUACAACUUCAACUACCCUAGACUUGACGGCCCUUGCAACUGCUUCUGUAACUGAAGAAGUCACUACCGACGUGACUAUGACCGCCACAACUGAUCUCACCACAACUCAAACAAAUACUGAGACUGUUGAUAUUACGACCAGUCAGACAACCACCCAAACUUCCGAUGCUACUGCUAUCGAGACAACUUCUGUAACAGCUACGGAGACUUCUACAGCCACUGUCGAUGUGACUGAGGUAGCCACAAUUACCUCAACAUCUUCGUUCACCGUCACAACCACAGUGCCAAUCACAGUCCAAACCACCAUUGCCAACACCAUCGACGUAACCAGCACCACGUCUACCACAUCCACUAUCGACUUAACUAUCACCCAGACAGUCUCAACCACCGCAACCACGACAAUAACUUCGACAGUGACUAGCUCCCCAACCUGCGGAGUAAACGUCGUCUCAGACUACGAUUUCGCCUCCGGCACCAUCGCUCCAUGGGUAUACUCUUAUACUGGGCACGGACUCAUGGCCUGGGGAGCUGGCGACGGAACGACCUACUCAAUUGAACUCUAUUCAACGGGCUCUGGCGCCAGUACAGCUGCCAUCGCACAGACAAUAUCCACCGUUUCCGGAGAAACAUACACCUACACAAUGAACUACAAAGCAACCAGUGGAAACACCGCCUCCUAUUUGAGGUGCUAUUUCGACAACAACUAUGCAACAUACUACCAGUUCAGUCUCGGGUCAGUUGCCAGUACCAUUUGGCGUAGCUACGAGGGCAGCUUCUUAGCGUCAUCCUCGAGUACGACGGUGACGUGCGAGCUGAUCACCUCGGUUAUUGCGAGUGUAUAUCUAGAUAAUAUCUCUGUUGUUCUGCCAUGCUGA